AUGAAUAAUGAAGAAUCUAAAUACUUAUCUAAUCCAAAUAAUGAAAUAUCCCAGGAGUGUAGAUUUGGUGAUAAACUUGAUAAUAAAGUCAAAGAAAAUAAUAAAGAUCUGAGUAAUAAAAAUAGUAAAGUCAAGAUAUAUAAAAUGAAUAGUGAUGAACAGAAAGAGAAUGUAAAAGGAAAGAUAACUAUUAAUAAAAGAAAAAAUAGAGAAAUGUUUGAGGUAAAAAAUAAAAAUGAUGAAUACAUAUCUAUAAGUAGUAUUGAAAUAGCUCAGAGCUACGAUAAUAAGAUUAAUUCCUCUAAAAAUAUUAUAGAAAAUAGAUCAUAUGAUAAUUCUGAAACAGUAAAGUCUCAAGUUGCUGAUGGUCAAAAUAAAAGUACAAAUGUCACAAAAACUGAUAAUGAUGAAGAUGCAAAAGAUCUGCUACAAAU